UAGAUUUGACGUAAGUUAUCAGUUAUCACAUGACCUGAGGGGCGAAAAGGUUAUGUUCUGUGGUUAUAUUUAUGCAACAAAAUCCAACAAUACAGGUGAUAUUAUGUCGCCAGUAGUAAGAAAAGACACUUUCUGUCGUGAAAUGGAAUGCUUAACUGCUUUUCUCUCAAAAUAUAAGCUAAACCAGGACGUCAAUUCGUGAAUAUUUUGACAACAUUUUCGCAAAUCGGACAAUUUUGUAUAAAAACGUGCACAAAUGUAAAGUCUGCACUCAUCUUAUGCAAUUACUUUCCCCAAUGGUAAACCACAACACCGCAACAUCUUUUGACUGUGAAAAUUCCAAAAUAGAAACUUACUUCUGCAAAGAUUGCAACUUCCACACAGAACUAAACCUCCUCCUCAAGCAACACAUUAACGAACAUCACAACGUUAAAAAUGGAAGUGAAGCUUCAUCAAACCGAUACAGAAUUCAAAGAUAUAAUUGCAAAAAAUGCAACUUUGAGACACAUUUUGUACUUAAUUGGCUCCAACACACAACAAAAUGUUUGGUAAAUCCAGCAGUAAUGAAAGCAACUGAAAGAAAUUUUCUCGCGUGGCACAGUUGUGCUCAAUGCAAGUUCAAGACCCAAUUUAAAUCAAAUUUAGCGAGGCAUAAAAUUCUGAAACACUCUGGCGACGACGAAGUACCUUGGUAUCGGUGCACAGAGUGCCCAUACAAAGCUAAACUGAAAAGUCUUUUAAAGCAACACUUAUACGCUCGGCAUAUGGACGAAGACGUCGUUAAAAAAUUCCAGUGUAAAGAGUGUCCGUACCACGCUACAAGUAACGUUCACUUAAAAAGACACAUAACUGCGAGACAUUUAAAUGAACAGGACAUCACGUGGUACGAAUGUGACAAGUGUCCCUACAAAGCUAAAGGACACUAUCGUUUAAAAGAACACAUAAUUACGAAGCAUUUCGACGAAAAAGACAUCAAGUGGUACGAAUGUGAAGAGUGCCCAUUCAAAGCUAAACAAAAGUCGGCUUUGAAAAGCCACAUAAACGCGCGACAUAUGGACGAAGACGACAUCAAGUGGUACGAAUGCAAACAGUGCCCAUACAAAGCUAAGAAAACGUACAAUUUAAAACAACAUAUAAAUGUACACCAUUCGGGGGAGCGAGAUACAAAGUGGUACGAAUGUGGAAAUUGUCCAUACAAAAGCAAAUUUAACUUUGCUUUGAAAAAACACGUGAAUUCGCUACAUGCGGAUAAACUGAGUGUCACGUGGUACAGAUGUGAUAGCUGCUCGUACAAAGCUAAGUCAAGCUCGACUUUAAAAGCCCACUUGAUUGCACGUCAUCUGGAUGACAAGGAUAUUAAGUGGUUCGAAUGUAAAAUGUGUCCAUAUAAAGGAAAAAGAAAUUCGCAUUUAAGGAGGCAUGUACUAGCACGUCAUUCAAAUGAACAGGAUAUUACAUGUUUGAAGAUAAACACGAUUUUGUGAUAUUUAUAUUUUCACGUGUCAUCUUGUAAAUAAAUACGUUAAAUUA